UCUCUCUCUCUCUCUUUCUCUCUUUCACACACACGCAUACACACACACUCUCUCUCUCUCUCUGGUGGCAAUCAAUGUUGGCGGCGUGUGGGUAGCAUCAAGCAGCCAUCCGCGCAGGAGAACCGCGUCGCUUAGACACACGCCGACGGCCACCGAUACGCUGGGUAUGGAUACGCUGAAUCUUGACGGUCUCGGCCGCCAGUUUCUCGACGACUUCGACGUCAGUCCCGAGAGCUACGCGAGCAGCUUCGAAUCGCCAACGUCGUCGCCGUACUCGCUGCACCGCGAUCAGGAGAACCUGACGCUGAAGCAGCGACGGCGCAAGAAGCGCUGUCCCGACCAGCUGGUGCACCAACGACAGGCGGCGAACCAGCGCGAGCGGAAGCGAAUGCUGUCGAUCAACGACGCCUUCGAGGGAUUGCGAACGCACAUUCCGACGCUGCCCUACGAGAAGAGACUGUCGAAAGUCGACACGCUGCGACUGGCGAUCGGAUACAUCGGGUUUCUCGCGGAACUAGUCGAUACGAACGGGCAGGGCUCGCCGGACAGUCCGCAGAACAACCAGCCGCAGCCGCAGCAGAAGGUCAUUAUUCAAUGUCACCGAGACAACACCGUUGAGGCCCGAACGAAGCUGAGCAAUUCGACGUUCGCCGGUGUCGACGGAGACGGCUUCGGACUGCCGCCACUCGCCGGACACUCCUUGUCGUGGGUCAACGAGAAGAGCAAGCCGUAUGGUCCUAACAACACGAUGCAUGCCAAGGUGUGGACGCCAGAGGACCCGCGUCAGGUUGACGGCAAGUGCUGCGUGCAAACGUCACAAGCUCCGGUGUGAUAAGUCAUGCUUAGCGAGAGUCUAUAGCGAAGAUGCUGAUACACACAUACAGAUAUGCAUAUGAAUAUAUAUAUUACACGUGCUAAACAAGUUAUGAUUGACUAACCGAACAGUAAUGGCUUUGUUGUUGAGCAUCACCCUUUGUAUAUCUAAGUUCACAGAUAUACGUCAUGGGGAUGAUAGUGAAAUUCUAUGUCAACGUAUUACACGAGCUAUCCGAAUUUUCCGGCGCCCACGUUCCGACUAUAAAGGUUACUGCAUAUGUAAAAAAAACACGUAAUAUAAAGUUCGCUGAGCUUGUGUGUAUUGACGGGUUACGAAAGUUGGCUUUAGAAGUUAACAUCAAAUUGUACGAAUGUACCAAAGACAUCUUAUUUCUCCAAUCUACGUCUAUAAUCUAUUUUCAUGUUAUUUACCGUGCGAUUAUAAACUCUGUGCCUUUAGCAAUACAUAAGGUGUGCGUGGUAGGAAAAUCGUUUUAAAUAGUAUAGAGCCUGCUUGCUAUAUCGUGCAAUAGUGAACUGUAAAUAUUUUGUACAGAGAAUACUGUAAGUCAUUCACCCUGGUUUUCAUGUUCCUGUACUCAACGCAUGUGUCAUUGACUGUCAGAUUUAUGACGUAAAUAUAUGGCUUUCACGGUACUUGCGCUGUAUGAAAUAUCGCAUAACAUGAUCUGCUAUGUGUGUAUGUAUGUAUGUAUAUAUUUAUAUUCGUGCGUGCGCGCGUGCGCGCGUGCGUGCGUGAGCGCACAUGUGAAAGAAAUAGUGUUUAUCAUAUCGAUUAUAUGUAAAUCUAAUUUAUUAUUAUUGGAAAUAAAGAAUAUGUAUGGUGUGCUAUA